CCAGUCACAUGGAUGGAUAAUCCUAUAGAAGUAUAUGUUAAUGAUAGUGUAUGGGUACCUGGCCCCACAGAUGAUCGCUGCCCUGCCAAACCUGAGGAAGAAGGGAUGAUGAUAAAUAUUUCCAUUGGGUAUCGUUAUCCUCCUAUUUGCCUAGGGAGAGCACCAGGAUGUUUAAUGCCUGCAGUCCAAAAUUGGUUGGUAGAAGUACCUACUGUCAGUCCCAUCAGUAGAUUCACUUAUCACAUGGUAAGCGGGAUGUCACUCAGGCCACGGGUAAAUUAUUUACAAGACUUUUCUUAUCAAAGAUCAUUAAAAUUUAGACCUAAAGGGAAACCUUGCCCCAAGGAAAUUCCCAAAGAAUCAAAAAAUACAGAAGUUUUAGUUUGGGAAGAAUGUGUGGCCAAUAGUGCGGUGAUAUUACAAAACAAUGAAUUCGGAACUAUUAUAGAUUGGGCACCUCGAGGUCAAUUCUACCACAAUUGCUCAGGACAAACUCAGUCGUGUCCAAGUGCACAAGUGAGUCCAGCUGUUGAUAGUGACUUAACAGAAAGUUUAGACAAACAUAAGUAUAAAAAAUUACAGUCCUUCUACCCUUGGGAAUGGGGAGAAAAAGGAAUCUCUACCCCAAGACCAAAAAUAAUAAGUCCUGUUUCUGGUCCUGAACAUCCAGAAUUAUGGAGGCUUACUGUGGCCUCACACACAUUAGAAUUUGGUCUGGAAAUCAAACUUUAGAAACAAGAGAUCGUAAGCCAUUUUAUACUAUCGACCUAAAUUCCAGUCUAACAGUUCCUUUACAAAGUUGCGUAAAGCCCCCUUAUAUGCUAGUUGUAGGAAAUAUAGUUAUUAAACCAGACUCCCAGACU